AUGAGAGGCUUAUGCACUUUGCUAGCGGUGCUUGCUGCAGUGGAAGCAGAAGAUGUCGUUGUAGAUCCUGAUGCGCAGCAAUCGUCACAGCAUUCGCAGGCUAAAGUAAGAGCGGAGGAUGGUGUCCAGGUCGAUAAAGUAGCUGCAAAAUCGCCAAAACAGUUGACUGAAGAGGAAGAGGCUGAAUUUGAUCCUACUGGUGAAUGGAAGAAUCUUGAAAGAGGGGACGACGGCGAAGCUUUUGUGCUCUUGCCAAAAGGAGAUAAUGUCGGAGUAAAAAACGAGCACCCUGACAGUUACUAUUAUGAAUACGAAAGUGAAGAGAAGGUGGAUUGCGACAAGUUCAAGAAUUUCAGUAAAGAAGUACGACAAGCAAUGAGAAGUGAUCAUACUGUCAAGGCAAAAGUGCAAGACGAUCCUAACUGUGAUGACAUCGAUGAGGCAGUAAAGCGGAUACGUCGAUCACUGUCGUCGGACAGAACUGAACAUCAAGUUCAGUACUUCGAUAAAAGCGGAAUCACGGUAAAAAAUGAAGGAGAAGUUGCUGAGAAGCUUUGGCGGCAAGAACGUGGUGCGUCUGCUGAGCUUUCCACCACUAAGUGGGUCUACAGAGCUCGAAGAAACACAUUUCAGCUGAAAGCCUUGUUGACAAAUGAAGAGAAUGUUGUGGGAUUCGGAUGCGCUUAUGAGAAGAGCUCUGCACUCUGCGUUUUCAACCUACGUACACAUGCAUCAGAGCUGGAGAAGAAUCUUGCAACUUCGGAGGAACUUCCCGCACCUCCAUCAUAG